AUUCUGCUGGCUAUACUGCCCCCGCACUCAACCCAGACUCUCCAGCCGUUGGACGUAGUCUGCUUCGCCCCACUGGCUCAUUUCUAUACUAUUGAGCUCACUGAGUACCUCCAGCAAAGCCUAGGGUGGCUCCUAGUCAAGAAAGGUGACUUCAUUCUACUAUUCUGGCGUGCUUGGGUGAAGAGCUUUACAGAGAGUACUGUAUUGAGCUCCUUCAGAGUUACUGGGAUAUGCCCACCUGAUAGUAGCCAAGUACUUGAUCGCUUCACCCACGGAACCCCUGAGGCAGCUGAGAGCUCUGAUUCGUCUACUUCUGUGUAUAGCGGUGACAACUGGGUCAAAGUCCAGAGUCUUAUCAAGGCUGCAGUGAAGGACAACAAUAGUAGAGAGACCCGGAAGCUUCAUCGGACUCUCCACCAUCUAUCAGUGCAGAAUCAGCUUAUA